AACUGAUCUUUUGUGUCUUUGAUUUUUAUCCAUAUCCUAAUUCUUCAUACAUUCCUUCCCUUCUGCCAUUUCAGGAACCUAAAAAACAAUGGCUUCAAUCAGUGUUUGUGAGCGUUUGGGUGAAUCUCUAGCUACUCAUCCACAGCAGGCAAAGUCUAUCUUGUCAAGGAUUGAAAGCCUCGGAAAGGGUAUUCAUAAGUCUCAAAAGCUGCUCUCGGUUCUCGAUAAAGAGGCCGGAAAUCAAGCACUUGAUGGGAUGGUGGUGGAGGUCCUCAGGUCCACUCAGGAAGCUGUAGUGUCGUCUCCAUUGGUUGCCCUUGCCAUUCGUUCAGCUCCUGGAGUUUGGGAGUACAUUGCUCUGGAGUUCCAAAAGCUUUUUGUGGAGGAAAUGCCCGUUGCUGAGUAUCUACGGUUGAAGGAAGAACUUGUUGAUGGAAGCUCCAAUGGCGAGUUUAUGUUGGAAUUGGACUUUGGUGCAUUCAAUAAUUCUGUUCCUCGUCCAUCUCUUUCAAAGUCCAUUGGUAAUGGCAUGGACUUCCUCAACCGCCACCUUUCUGCCAAGCUAUUUCAAGACAAGGAGAACUUGAACUUGUUGCUUGAAUUUCUCCAAAUUCGCUGCCAGAAGGGAAAGGGUAUGCUGUUGAAUGACAGAAUCCAAGAUGUGAAUUCCCUCCAACAUGCAUUGAGGAAGGCCGAGGAGUAUCUGACUCCUCUAUCGUCGGAUACCCCGUACUCAGUUUUCGAGAAAAGGUUUCUGGGGAUUGGUUUGGAGAAGGGAUGGGGCGAUAAUGCUGAGCAUGUUCUUGAGAUGAUCCAUCUUCUAUUGGAUCUCCUUCAGGCACCUGAUCCUGUCGCACUUGAAAGCUUCCUUGGAAGAAUCCCAUUGGUCGCCAAUGUUGUAAUCAUGACUCCCCAUGGAUACUUUGCCCAAGACAAUGUUUUGGGAUACCCUGACACAGGUGGUCAGGUUGUUUAUAUCUUAGAUCAAGUUCGUGCCUUGGAGGAAGAGUUGCUUCAUCGUUUCAAGCUGCAAGGACUCGACAUUACCCCACGUAUCCUAGUCAUUACUCGGCUCCUCCCUGAUGCUGUAGGAACAACUUGCGGACAGCGUCUUGAGAAAGUGUAUGGAACCAAGUAUUCUGAUAUUCUUCGGGUACCCUUCAGAACUGAGAAGGGAAUUGUACGUCCAUGGAUCUCACGAUUCAAAGUCUGGCCUUACCUGGAGACUUACACUAAGGAUGUUGCAGCUGAGAUCACCAAAGAGUUCCAGGGCAAGCCUGAUCUGAUUGUUGGGAACUACAGUGAUGGAAACAUUGUUGCUUCUUUAUUGGCACAUAAGUUUGAUGUUACACAGUGCUCUAUUGCUCAUGCACUCGAGAAGACGAAAUACCCGGAUUCAGACAUUAACUGGAAACAGCUUGAGGAUAAGUAUCACUUCUCCUGUCAGUUUACUGCUGAUCUUAUUGCUAUGAACCAUACUGAUUUUAUCAUCACCAGCACCUUCCAAGAGAUUGCUGGAAGCAAGGACACUCUCGGCCAAUACGAGAGUCACAUUGCUUUCACUCUUCCAGGUCUCUACCGCGUUGUUGAUGGGAUCGAUGUUUUUGAUCCCAAAUUCAAUAUUGUCUCCCCUGGUGCUGAUAUGAGCAUAUACUUCCCUUACACGGAAGAGAAGCGGAGGUUGAAGAAGUUCCACCCGGAGAUUGAAGAGCUUCUUUACAGCCCUGUUGAGAAUACAGAGCACUUAUGUGUACUAAAAGACCGCAACAAGCCGAUUCUGUUUACCAUGGCAAGGUUGGACCGAGUGAAGAACUUAACUGGGCUCGUAGAGUUCUAUGCCAAGAACAGCCGGCUGAGGGAACUGGUUAACUUGGUUGUAGUAGGUGGAGAUAGGAGAAAGGAAUCCAAGGACUUAGAAGAAAAGGCUGAAAUGAAGAAGAUGUAUGAACUUAUCGAAAAAUACAAGUUGAAUGGACAAUUCAGAUGGAUAUCGUCCCAGAUGAACCGUGUGAGAAAUGGUGAACUCUAUCGUUAUAUUUGCGACACCAAGGGAGCAUUCGUUCAGCCUGCUAUAUACGAGGCUUUUGGCUUGACUGUUGUUGAGGCAAUGACCUGUGGACUACCAACAUUUGCAACAUGCUACGGGGGCCCUGCUGAGAUUAUAGUUCACGGAAAAUCGGGGUUCAACAUCGAUCCUUAUAACGGUGAUUUGGCUGCCGAGACCCUUGCCAAUUUCUUCGAGAAGUGCAAAGCGGAUCCAUCUUAUUGGGAUGAGAUCUCCCAGGGAGGGUUGAAACGCAUACAGGAGAAGUAUACAUGGCAGAUUUACUCCGAGAAGCUAUUGACUCUCACCGGAGUUUAUGGCUUUUCGAAACAUGUAGCUUACCAGGAGCAACGUGGGCGCAAGCGUUACAUUGAAAUGUUGCAUGCAUUGAUGUAUAACAAUCGGGUCAAGACUGCUCCACUAGCUGUUGAGUAAAGAAAAAGCAAAAGGCUGCUUGGAAACUAAGGAAUUUCCAAGAAUGAUUACUAUUGAAGUUUUAUUUUUGCUUCUUUUUUUUCAAUUUGGUAAAUGUUUAAUUUCAACUUUGGGGUUUCCCCUUGGAAUGUUUUGAACUCUGGUUUUGGUCCCAUUGAUUGCAAUAAAGUUUUAAUUUCUCUUGAA